UUUCCAAUACUUCCCUCCUUCUCUUUGACUCCGCCCACCCCGCCUCGUUAUCAUUUCCUGUGCGCCUGGCGCUGAUUGGUCUAGAGGUCGGAAGUGAGGGCGGGCGGUGGGGCCGUUGCCGCAGUGACAGUGCUGGGGGAGUCCGAAGAUGGCGGCGUCGCGUCGCUCUCAGCAUCAUCACCACCAUCAUCAACAACAGCUCCAGCCCGCCCCAGGGGCUUCGGCUCCGCCGCCACCACCUCCCCCACCUCUCAGCCCUGGCUUGGCCCCGGGGACCACCCCCGCUUCCCCCGCGGCCGGGGGCCUGGCCACCUUCCCCUCCCCGCGGCAUGGCCUAGCGCUGCCGGAGGGGGAUGGCAGUCGGGAUCCGCCCGACAGGCCUAGAUCCCCGGACCCGGUUGACAGUACCAGCUGCUGCAGUACCACCAACACAAUUUGUACUGUAUCUGCCGCUACUGUGGCCCCGGCGGCUUCUGCUUCAUCUGCCAUUGGGGUCGCUCUGAACUCAGCCGGCGGUAGCAGUAACAAUUCACCGUCGUCCUCUUCUUCCCCGACUUCUUCCUCAUCUUCCUCUCCAUCCUCUCCUGGAUCGAGCUUGGCUGAGAGCCCCGAGGCGGCCGGGGUUAGCACCACAGCAACAUUGGGGCCUGGGGCAGCGGGACCUGGGACGGGGGUCCCAGCAGUGAGCGGGGCCCUACGGGAAUUGCUGGAGGCCUGCCGCAAUGGGGACGUGUCCCGGGUAAAGAGGUUGGUGGACGCUGCAAACGUAAAUGCAAAGGACAUGGCUGGCCGGAAGUCUUCUCCCCUGCACUUCGCUGCAGGCUUUGGAAGGAAGGAUGUCGUAGAGCACUUACUGCAGAUGGGUGCUAAUGUUCAUGCUCGUGAUGACGGAGGCCUCAUUCCGCUCCAUAAUGCGUGUUCUUUUGGCCAUGCUGAGGUUGUGAGUCUGUUACUGUGCCAAGGAGCUGAUCCAAAUGCCAGGGAUAAUUGGAACUAUACACCUCUGCAUGAAGCUGCUAUUAAAGGGAAAAUUGACGUCUGUAUUGUGCUGCUGCAGCACGGAGCUGAUCCAAACAUUCGGAACACUGAUGGGAAAUCAGCCCUGGACCUGGCAGAUCCUUCAGCAAAAGCUGUCCUUACAGGUGAAUACAAGAAAGACGAACUCCUAGAAGCUGCUAGGAGUGGUAAUGAAGAAAAACUAAUGGCUUUACUGACUCCUCUAAAUGUGAAUUGCCAUGCAAGUGAUGGGCGAAAAUCCACUCCUUUACAUCUAGCAGCAGGCUAUAACAGGGUUCGGAUAGUUCAACUGCUUCUUCAGCACGGUGCAGAUGUUCAUGCAAAAGACAAAGGUGGACUUGUGCCUCUUCAUAAUGCAUGUUCAUAUGGACAUUAUGAAGUCACAGAACUGCUACUAAAGCAUGGAGCUUGUGUUAAUGCUAUGGAUCUCUGGCAGUUCACUCCACUCCAUGAGGCUGCUUCCAAGAAUCGUGUAGAAGUCUGCUCCUUGUUACUUAGCCACGGUGCUGACCCCACACUUGUCAACUGCCAUGGCAAAAGUGCUGUGGAUAUGGCACCAACUCCUGAGCUCCGGGAGAGAUUGACUUAUGAAUUUAAAGGUCAUUCUUUACUACAAGCAGCAAGAGAAGCAGACCUAGCCAAAGUUAAGAAAACACUUGCUUUGGAAAUCAUUAAUUUCAAACAACCACAGUCUCAUGAAACAGCACUGCACUGUGCUGUGGCCUCCUUACAUCCCAAACGAAAACAAGUAACAGAAUUAUUACUUAGAAAAGGAGCGAAUGUCAAUGAAAAAAAUAAAGAUUUCAUGACACCCCUGCAUGUUGCAGCUGAAAGAGCUCACAAUGAUGUCAUGGAAGUUCUGCAUAAGCACGGAGCAAAGAUGAAUGCACUGGACACCCUUGGUCAGACCGCUUUGCAUCGAGCUGCCCUCGCGGGUCAUUUGCAGACCUGCCGCCUCCUGCUGAGUUAUGGCUCUGAUCCUUCUAUCAUUUCCUUGCAAGGCUUUACGGCAGCACAAAUGGGAAAUGAAGCAGUACAGCAGAUUCUGAGUGAGAGCACACCUAUCCGUACUUCUGAUGUUGACUAUCGACUCUUAGAGGCAUCGAAAGCUGGUGAUUUGGAAACUGUGAAGCAACUUUACAGCCCUCAAAAUGUGAAUUGCAGAGAUCUAGAGGGCCGGCAUUCUACACCCUUACACUUUGCGGCAGGCUAUAAUCGUGUGUCUGUUGUGGAGUACCUUCUGCACCAUGGUGCUGAUGUCCAUGCCAAAGAUAAAGGCGGCUUGGUUCCCCUUCAUAAUGCCUGUUCCUAUGGACACUAUGAGGUAGCUGAGCUUUUAGUGAGGCAUGGGGCUUCUGUUAAUGUGGCUGACUUAUGGAAAUUUACCCCUCUACAUGAAGCAGCAGCUAAAGGAAAAUACGAAAUCUGCAAGCUCCUUUUAAAACAUGGAGCAGAUCCAACCAAAAAAAACAGAGAUGGAAAUACACCUCUAGAUUUGGUCAAAGAAGGGGACACAGACAUUCAGGACCUACUGAGAGGAGACGCUGCCUUAUUGGAUGCCGCCAAGAAGGGCUGCCUGGCGAGAGUGCAGAAGCUUUGCACCCCGGAGAAUAUCAACUGCAGAGACACCCAAGGCAGAAAUUCAACUCCUCUGCACCUGGCAGCAGGCUACAAUAACCUGGAAGUAGCUGAAUACCUUCUAGAGCAUGGAGCAGAUGUUAAUGCCCAGGACAAGGGUGGUUUGAUUCCUCUUCAUAACGCAGCAUCUUAUGGGCAUGUUGACAUAGCAGCAUUACUGAUAAAAUACAACACGUGUGUAAAUGCAACAGAUAAAUGGGCAUUUACUCCUCUUCAUGAAGCAGCCCAAAAAGGAAGGACACAGUUAUGUGCCCUACUCCUAGCACAUGGUGCAGAUCCAACUAUGAAGAACCAAGAAGGUCAGACGCCUUUAGACCUGGCAACAGCUGAUGAUAUCAGAGCUUUGCUGAUAGAUGCCAUGCCCCCGGAAGCUUUACCUACCUGUUUUAAACCUCAGGCGACUGUAGUGAGUGCUUCUCUGAUCUCCCCAGCAUCCACCCCCUCCUGCCUGUCUGCAGCCAGCAGCAUAGAUAACCUUACUGGCCCUUUAGCAGAGUUGGCAGUAGGAGGAGCCUCCAAUGCAGGAGAUGGUGCAGCUGGUACAGAAAGGAAAGAAGGAGAAGUUGCGGGUCUUGACAUGAAUAUCAGCCAAUUCCUAAAAAGCCUUGGCCUUGAACAUCUUCGGGAUAUCUUUGAAACAGAACAGAUUACACUAGAUGUGUUGGCUGAUAUGGGUCAUGAAGAAUUGAAAGAAAUAGGCAUCAAUGCAUAUGGACACCGCCACAAAUUAAUCAAAGGAGUAGAAAGACUUUUAGGUGGACAACAAGGAACCAAUCCUUAUUUGACUUUUCAUUGUGUAAAUCAGGGAACUAUUUUGCUAGAUCUUGCUGCAGAAGAUAAAGAAUAUCAGUCAGUAGAAGAAGAGAUGCAGAGUACUAUUCGAGAACACAGAGAUGGUGGUAACGCUGGUGGCAUAUUCAACAGAUACAAUGUCAUUCGAAUUCAAAAAGUUGUCAACAAAAAGUUGAGAGAGCGAUUCUGUCACAGACAAAAGGAAGUAUCUGAAGAGAAUCACAACCAUCACAAUGAGCGCAUGUUAUUUCACGGUUCUCCUUUCAUUAAUGCCAUUAUUCAUAAAGGGUUUGAUGAAAGACAUGCAUACAUAGGAGGAAUGUUUGGAGCUGGGAUUUACUUCGCUGAAAAUUCCUCAAAAAGCAACCAGUAUGUUUAUGGGAUUGGAGGAGGAACAGGCUGCCCUACACACAAAGACAGGUCUUGUUAUAUAUGUCACAGACAAAUGCUGUUCUGUAGAGUGACCCUUGGAAAAUCCUUUCUGCAAUUCAGCACCAUGAAAAUGGCCCACGCCCCACCAGGACAUCACUCAGUUAUUGGCAGACCAAGUGUCAAUGGGCUGGCAUAUGCCGAAUAUGUCAUCUACAGAGGAGAACAGGCAUACCCAGAAUAUCUCAUCACAUACCAGAUCAUGAAGCCAGAAGCUCCUUCACAGACUGCAACAGCUGCAGAGCAGAAGACCUAGUGAAUGCCCACCGGUAAAGGCCACAUCAGAUCCAAAUCUGGGACUGGAUUGUGUGGAUUGCUUCCAACAACAACAACAACAAAAAUCAAUAUUCUUAAAUCCCUGACAGCCUAGAAAUAAGCUGUUUGUCUUUUAUAAAGCAUUGCUAUAGUGAUGAAUAUAGUAUGAGUAACUGACCCAUACUCAACUGCUACUGUUCCCUUUGAGGAAAUGUUUACAGGGGUGGCCUUUUGACAUAUCUCAGGCUCAUUUUCAUCACAGUUAUCCAUUUCUAAAGCAAGAUUGCUUUGAUCUGGACUUGGAAAUGGAAGAAGAGGAAACAUAACCAGUACUGUUUCAAAUGUUCACAGUUCACACUACAUUUGCUUUGUUAAAUGUGGCACAUGUAUAUAGCACAUAUAUACAAAUGCAGGCUCAUUUUUAUUUUUUUUUGCAAACAUGCAUCAUUUUCGCUUUUUUUUUAACUUUUACUUUGAAAAUGAGCCAGAACCUUCCUAAGGACAUUUUGCACAAAGUCACACUGACUAAAAUCACUAACAAUGCAACCCCAACUUCUGGCUGAACAAGAUUCUGUUUCCACGUUUUUGUUAUUGUUUGAUUUUAUAUCUGUGCUUCAUGUUACCAUAAAUCAAGAUGAAAAAGAAAAACGUAAAGUUGCCUUUUAUGAAUUGGCCCAUCUUAUGAGGGAAGGCACAAACAUCAACCUGACUUAGGAGCUCCCAAGGUAAGAGAAGUCAAAUCUGGGAACAGCCACUUCCCCUUUCCAGGACAGCCUAAGCAGGGGCAGUCAGGCCAGUCCUGGAAAUCCCAGGACAGUGUGGACUAAGGCGACUGUGACUUCCGUUCCCAGGUGAGGUGGCUAGGGAGCUGUUGAAGGAACAGCAUCAAGAAGGGUGAGGAGAGUAUGGUUCUGUUUCACUGCAGCCCAGAAGAGUCAGGGGACUCCCCAGAGAAUAAAUACUUCCCUUCACAUAAUCCCUGUCACCAAAACUGUCACCUCCAAAUUAGCUGCCUUAUUUCCAAAGUCAGUGGAAUUAUUGUAUAUCAUCAGAGUCCCCAAAGUAUUACUUUAUUGUCUCUUUAGUUUAGGAAGGUAGGACUCAAGUCCUGUGUAGUAGAUAGAGGUACACAAAUGCAAGAAUUUUUUUUUAUUCCAGAUUUGGGGUUAUUUUGAAUGGCAUGCUUCAAAUAGUUUAUAAAAAUCCCUGCACUAAAUUUUUGAACCACUUCUUCAAACUUCUUAAUAUAUUUAGACAAGGAGAACAAAAAUUAAAACCAAAGCCCUUUCAGUUAUUUUUCUAAAUGAAGAUAGAGAAAUAUCAUAUUGGGUUUUUUUGUGAAAGUACUGCUUGUUUUAAUCAAUAUUUGCCAAGUGCACACUGACACUUAAGAAGAAAUUGUCUGCCACGGUUCUUACACUUGCCCUGUUCACCUUAACUGAAUAUUGAAUUAAGUAUAUUACUUUAUUUACUUGACAUGCUAUACAUCUCCUCGACCUUGGAGCAAAAGCAAUAUAAAAUGGUGGAAAAACAGUGUGAUACCAUUUACCAUUUCAUUUUAAAGUCCUGGAAACUAAUUGGGGUUUUCAUGGGGUUUUUAAUGCAGGCCAAUUAAGCUGAGACCUCCUCCAGUCUCCAGAAAUGAAACAAAAUAGUCACUUUUCCUAAAAAUCUAGAAAUAGGCUGUCAAAAUACACACCUUUCUUUCUUCCUUUCUUUCCUUCCCUUUCUGUUCCUUUUCUUUUUUUUUUUUCUUUUUUUGGCUUAAGUUCAGUGCUAGAACUAAGCAUUCACGCUAGUUUGUUUGAAUUUUGUAGCUGAAUUUUCCAUGGGCUCUCAAAGCUAAAUCAAGAAUUGGCCUCUGUUGCUUCUAUUGAAGUUUCAGUGACCCAGGCUGGGUGUUUUUGUCUUGGUUGCGUGUUUAAUAGCACUAGAAUUUCAUAUAAAGCUUCAAAAUUUGAUAUUUAUUGAGGCCUUUUUUCCUAUCUCUCUUCUUUUUUGCUGUGUGUAACAAAGGGUUGAAGAAAUUGCCAUUUUUGUCACUUUCAGUAGCUGUGAAGUGUGUAUUACUUUGCCCUCACCCCUGACAUAGUUUAAAAUGAUAAACACAGCUGUAAUUUUUAGUUAAGUAAGAGUUAAUAUGGAAUAGAUGUGGAAAGCUUUAUAGCUUCAUUAAAAAGAUAAACCACUACCUGACUGUGGUUGGUUGUAUGUUGUGUCGUUGCCAUCAUACUAACUAGAUUAAUGGAUAUGCUAGUUUUGAACUUGGGCCUUACACUUGAGGAGUUAAACUGUGGUUCAUUUUUUAAACUGCCAGUGUUACGUGUCUGCUGUGCGGUGUGCCAAGUAAAGGUUCUGUCUGUAUCAGGAAGAUAUUUGCAGUGCUUCUGGUCUUGUAACGAUUCAGCUAUAGUGUAGUUCUUGAGAGAAUGUGUAUAUAUUAUCUGCUAAAGAGAGGAAGUUAAUGGAUAUAUCACAGGAGCCAAGCAUUUUUUUCAGAACUUGAAAACCAAAGGUCAUCAUGAGUAUACUCAAAGUUAGCAAAAGUUAAUUACAUCUGGAAUUUCCGUCUAUAGCAAUGUGAAGAACCCUCUAGAAUUAUAAAUCAUGGCAUUAAAUUAGGCUGAAAUCUGUUUCUUGAAUGUACACUACAUAGCAACACUAGUAAUUUGGGACUCCUGUGAAAUGGCCCCUAUGCUUUCCAAACCACUUGGAAGAAAGAACCAGACAUCUCCACAGCUUUACCUCUAAAUCAUAGGGCUUCUCUAGACCUGAGGGUUCAGUUUACCUGUGACCAACUGGUACUUAGGCAUAAUAAAGUGCCCUGGACACUUUUCUCCUUGUACUUGACCUUCACUUUUCCCCAUAUUGCUAGUCUAGAAUAAAAAUAACUUCAACACUUACCUUUGACCCCACCAUUUUUCUUCUUCAUCUUGAGCUUUUAGAAAGAAUGUAGAUACCUCUCCAUUUUCACAUCACCACCAGAACUGGAUUUAGGCCUUAUCCAUUCUCUGCUCAGAAGAUUCUGCCACUUGUUCAACAGAUGACAGCAUGGUACCUAGAGUUUUAAUUCUAUGCAAAGUAGUAGCAGUACACCCAGGAUUCUUAUUUGCUUUUUUUUUUUUUUUGGUACCCGGGAUCAAACUUGGGUCCUUGUGCUUGCGAGGCAGGCAGCUGAACCGCUGAGCUAAAUCCCCGGCCCUCUUAUUUGCUUUUCUUUCUUGGUGUUUAGAAUGUCCAGCUGUUCAAGCAACAUAAGUAGAAUAAACAAUAUUAGGAUGUUUCAUGAAAUAGCAUCCUUGUACUCCUUUGAGCUUGAUGUUAAUAGCUAGACUAAUUUUCUUUGCUCUCAAAAUAGCAAAGUGCAUUGAAAUAUGCACAAAAUGCUUGAAUAUGGCAAGCAAAUAAAGUCAUACAGAUUAACAUUCUAUUAUCAUAGGAAUUAUACAAAAAAACAACAUUUUUGUUAAUGCUGGAAAACAGCAUUCAAAUGCAAUAAGUUGUCUAGGUUUCUCCCUAUUUCAGUGUAUUUCCCAAUUGCAUGAAAAGUCAUUGGAUAAUGCUUCCUCUCUCUUUUGAAACGUGCACUAUUGGGAUUCCUAUAAAUGACCUUACAAACAGAAACAUCUUUCCUCUCUAGCACAUGCAGAUCCUAUUUGUGUGAUGUCUGAUAAACAGCCUUCUUACUGUGUUUUCUGUCAGGCUAAUUGUCUUGCACAGAGCUAUAGACUUUAGUCAUUCAGCAGAUAUCCAAAAUUGACAUUAAAAUAGGGUUCCGUGUACCUGAAAUUGAAGACUGAAAUUAAGUUUGUUAAAUGACAGAGAAAUGAAAGUAUUUGAACUAUUGUUAGACACGUGUAGCAUAUUAAAAGGAAAUCUGUUCAAAAUACACCACCUGGAAACUCUUUUCAGGCUAUUUGUGCAUUUUACAAUUGAUAGACAAUUAAAAUUUUUCAGCUUAAGAAAGCCUUAACUAUGACAGGAACUUUUUAACCUUUUAUAUUCUAAUAAAUGAAUCAUUGAAUUCUAUUUCUUAGUGUUUGAAAGGUGUCAGUGAGUUGGCAUGUCUCCAUGUAUUUUCAUACUUGUUAAGCUUAUAUUAUGAGGGUAUAUUUCAUAAGUUACUCUUCCUCACUUACAACAGAACUGAUGUAAUCAAUCCAUUCCAAUUUCUCCAUAUUUGAAAUUGCUCAGCAACCAGAGUUUUGGUUGGGAAAAUUGUUUAGAACAAUCUCAAAGCCUGUAAAGUUGUGUAUGUGUGCAUACAGUAACUGUGAUACUGUGUAGAAUUUGAGUUGCUAUGUAAGCUGUUUUUAAUCAUUUUAAAUUACACACUAUGAGGUAUUAAAGUGAGAAUCUGUAGGAAGCUGAAGACUUUAUGUACUCUAAAGCCAGACGCAGUCAUGGUAUGACUGGCUUUACACUUCUGCCCCGGGUUCUGCCUCCUGUGAAAUAACACUAGAAUUUUGGAGACAUCACAUCUUGACUCCUCAUUCUUUCCCCUUCUCUUUUCUACUUUACACUGCACAUCUCCACACUCCAUACCUCCAUCCUUUGAGAGAAUUUUCUCUCAUCCUCCAGAAUUCAGAUGGCUUUAUUUUUAUCUGUCUGCUCAUAUCUGUAGGCAACCCUGAAUGCCCUUUAUGGAUCCAGAGAAAAACUGUAAACCCUGGUAGCAGGGAAGUCCCUCACACACCCUCCUGCUUCUCCUAAAGUUCAGGAGGAAAAGCUAGGAAACACCACAGUGAAAAAAAGUUAGAAAGCAACCAAAAUCUUUGAGGCUGACAGCUUAGACUUAGGAGGUGACCUGGACCUUACAGUCAUCGUAUUCAUUAAAAAAACUUGUGUGCAUAUACUCCUUCUCCCAUUGUACUAAGCUCAUCCUAUGUUUGUGGUAGUAUUUAUCUUUGAUACCUACAUAACUAAAAAGGUACUUUGGUGAACAAAAUUUCUUAAAACAUUUCCAAAACCAACUUUGAGGAAAUCUAGAAUGUUUUCUGGCAGCAGCAUUUGGAGUAGUAAUUGUAUUUUCUCAUUGUGAUACUAGUCUGUGUAAGUAACCAAUGUAGUGAGACCCUUUGGUUUGUUAUUGAUUUCAUUUUUAUUCUCUGUGUGACCCACCAGUGUCAGGGGUUUCCAACCUCUAUGUCUUUCUUUUUCACAUUUGUCUAUUUGUAGGAUUGUCAGAUAAAUACAUGAUGCCAAGUUAAAUUUGAAUUUUAGACAAGCAGUUUCUCAGCUUAAGUAUGUUUCCUACAAUAUUUGAUAUUCUUACAGUUAAAAGAAAGUGUUCAUUAUCUGAAAUUAAAGUUUAACUGAGCAUCUUGAUUUUUUUUUCUCUUUUUUGGCACUUUGUUUUUCUUUUCUCAAUCUGGAAAAUCUACUGAUUUGGUCACAGAAAGUCACUUGCAGCAUGCAAAUUCUUCUAGUCUUCAUUAUUUCUCACCUGGAACAGAAGCUCCUUUUUUCCACUCUGCUUAUUUCCAAAAGAGGGCAUCAAUGAACUCUGACCUGCCUCCAUGGUAGGUUUCUAUUUAAUAAAACAUCUUUGUGAUUAUAUUUAACCUGUAAUUGUGCUUUGGCUUAAUGUCUAACUUACAGUACUUGUAAUUGAUUAAUAUUCAAUAAAAACAUUUUUAAAGUACAGUG